GAUAUUUAAUAUAUUUGGCAUGACAAAGGUACAAUGGUGCAUAUGUGAACAUAUAACUUGAUGUGUUAAUUUGAUAUUUCGAUUGUAUAUUAAGGUAUAAAGAUGUCAAUUAAUAAUGGUAUAAUAGUGUAGGCAUGUGGUAUUCCUAUUAUACAUUAAGGUAUAAUGGUGCCAAUAUAUAAAUCUAACAUCUUAGUGUAUGUGACAUUCCUAUAAUACUUUAUGACAAUUGGCAUGUGGCAUUCCUACUAUAUAUUAAGGUAUAAUAGUACAAAAUAGACAUUAAAUAUAUUUGAAAUGGCAUUCCUAUUGUGUAAUAAAAGCACAAUGGUGCAUAUGUGAACACAUAGCUUGAUGUGUUAAUUUGGCAUUCCGAUUGUACAUUAAGGUACAAUGAUGUUAAUUAAUAAUGGUAUAAUAAUGUGGGCAUGUGGCAUUCUUAUUAUACAUUAAGGUAUAAUGAUGCCAAUAUAUAAAUCUAACAUCUUGGUAUAUGUGGCAUUCCUAUUAUACUCUAUGGUGUUUGGCAUGUUAACAUUUCUAUUAUACAUUAAGGUGUAAUGAUGUAAAAUAGAUAUUUAAUAUAUUUGGUAUGACAUUCCUAUUAUACAAUAAAGAUGCAAUUGUGCAUAUGUGAAUACAUAGCUUGAUGUGUUAAUUUGACAUUUCGAUUGUACAUUAAGAUACAAUGGUGUCAGUUGAGAAUAGUGUAAUGUUGUGGGUAUGUGGCAUACCUAUUAUCCAUUAAGGUAUAAUGUUGCCAAUAUGUAAAUCUAACAUCUUGGUAUAUGUGGCAUUCCUAUGUAGGGAUGAUAUUGAGUCAGGCUAUUUGUUGCUCCCUGGGAUUGUGUUAUAUUCCUUGCUAUGUGGAGGUUAUGAAUAUUAUCAGUGCGAUCGGCAAAUUUUAUGCAAGUAGGCUGUAUUUCUGGCUGAAGGUUGAUAAGGGAAUAAGUCCUGAAGUACUUUGUUCCGUCCUUGCAGAGUGUGCAAACAUGCCUUGACUUGGUGCUAAAACAGCAUGUAAAAUGGAAGCCUUGUCGAAAGGCAAUCUUUUCCCCAUAUGUUUAGAAGCAUAUUCUCGUCCAACUAGAAUUGCCCAUGGAAAGGAUGUGGGUGCUGAUGUGGAGGUAUUGAGGUUGAUGAUUUUAUUGAAAUAUCGUCAGAGCUAGUACAACCCCUUUGAGUUUUUUUUUUCAAUCAAAUAUUUGUGAUGGUGGAAGAUGGAACAAUUAGAAAGAACAGGCUUUCUUUGCUUUAGAAAAUUGCAGACCGCCCACAAGGUGUAGCACGUCUCUUAGUUUUGCCUGGAUUCUAAAUUUUGAUGGCCAAAAUACUUCCACUUUCUUUGAGUAAACAUCAGGUGGGUUAAAAUAGGGGAAAAUUUUGCGAAUUUAAUGUUUUUGAUGGUGCUUUGUUUAGAAAAAUAGGUAAAGCUUUCUGAUUUUAUGUUAUUUACAAAUCAAAUUUAAAAAAAAAAAGAAGAAAAACUACAAUGCACUUCAGUCUUCUUAUUCCUUUAAAAAGAGAAAAAGGGUUUUGCCAAGUUCAUGGCAUGGUUUUAUACUCCUCAAUUUCCCUUCCUAAUCUGCCUCUUGCUGCUGCUGCUGCUGUUGCGGCCAUGGAAUAGUUUGUCGGAUGAAUUGACCAACCUCAGGUCAGACUUCAUUUUCUGUUACAUUGCUUCUGAAUGUCAUCUUUCACCGUUUUGUUAAGUACUAGUAUUAUGUUUUUUCUUUUGUUUCCUAAACAUAUCAAUCUGAUUAAAUGAUACAAAGCCAAAAUGCAAGUGCAUAUCCAUCAUUCAGAGUUUAGAUCCAAUCUGGGCAAUUUUUUGUUUGCCAUGAUCACAGUGCAUAUUCUGUUUUUGUUUUUUUUACUUCAUUCCUCCAUAAAAGUAUCGUACAUGCUCUUUAUCAUCUAGUAACUUGGGAUUCAAGUGCAAAAUGGAGCAAAGAGUUUAAUCUUGGGAUUCAAGCUGUUGCAGCGAGUCUUGUCCCCCAAGGUAUUGAACCAACUGGUAGCCUAGCUUGAUGACCUAGUUCUGCGCAUCUUACCUGUUUAUCCCCAUUAACUAAAAUCUAAAAAUGGGGUUUUAGGUCAUUACAUUAUCAACAUUCAAGAUACCAAACGUCUCAUUAAGAUUCAGUUGGUUUUAUCUCUCAAUGAGAUAUCUUGAGAGGGGAGCAAAAAAAGAAAACCCUAAAUCCAGGAAGUUGAAAGGGCCAGAAGGAGCCCAAAUUGAGAUCAUGAAUGGGCCAAUAAUCAUCAUAAAUUGGGCUACAACCCGACGUUUGCACAACCACCAUAGGCUCAAAAGCGCAAAACAAGAGUCGCUAGCCUUGCACCCAAAGCCGAAGUUCAACAGCCUGUCCAAUUCUGGUAAUGGCUUCUGCAGUGUUCUAGAUUCUGAUACAGGGUUUUUCAGCUAUCUGCAUUUCCAUUUGUCCCUUUGUCAUUUCCCUUAAUCCCUCAAAAAAUGAGUGUAACGUAACCAAAUUAUAUCUAAUCUAUGACUGUAACGUUAGAGUAGUUUUGCACCCAGCAAAAGAAAGAAAAAAUGGAUUCCGUGAAUGAUGAUUUCGGUGAUUUAUACGGCCGACGUUGAUAUCCAAGCUAGCUCAGAUAUCGGCGCAUUGUACAUUGAACCAGAAGACAAUGACCGUAGCAUCUAUACCCAACGAUUUCGAUGAGUCAUCAUCACCUUCAGCUUCCCCAAUAUCUUCACUCUCAUCAUCUUCCCUGGAACUGGCCUGCGAACGACCAGGACCUUCUUGAAACUGUCGUGCUCGGCUUCCACAGAGCCUUCCUGUGAAGCAUGAAAGAGACAGGACUCUUUUUCCUGGAAUGAUUUUUAAUUAUAUAGCAAUGUAGACAAAUACAGAAAAGUGUUUAUGGUUCAAACUCAUGAUUUAUGUAAUCACUUAAGCUUAUUUAAGACAUUCCCUCCAAGUCCCAUACCAUAAUCAACACUAGCAUAACUCAAUGCGAGGCUUGAAUAUAAAACUUGGGUGCUAUAUUUUACAUUUUUUAUUCAUGUUUUGAUUUUAAAUGUUUUACUGUGUUAAGGGCUUUCAUUUUGUAAUUAUACAUCUUAUUAAAAUCGAGCUACUAAUAUUUGACAUCUAAAAUAACAAAGAGUAUCUUCUUAUAUAUAUAUAUAUAUAUGUAUAUAUUUUGGGGGUGUAAGUGUAAAAAACAAAAAACAAUUAAGUAGUAUUUAGUAGUCUGAAAAAUAUAUAGAAAAAUCGAACCUUAGCAAAACUAAAAAUCCAAUAAUUGGGCAAAGGCAACCUUCGCAUCCCUGAUCCAUCCUUAAUUAAUCCCCAAUCCUGAUCUCUACCAACGAUGAAGGAUGAUCCCAUUCAAAUACAACUGAAAGAAAUCCCCAGAUGGGAAAAAAAAUAAGAACAAUAUCUGGGGAGAGCUCACAGUGACCGUUGCAGUUGGCGGAAGUUGCACCUGCAACUGCAACAAGUAACUGCAACAAUGGCCACUUCCUCUGUUUCAGCGUCACAACUUCACUAUCCUGGAAAACACAGUAAGACCCAGUUUUUAUUUUUCAAGUAUAUUAUAUUUUCUCUUUUUGAAUAAUCUCAAGUGAGUACCUGUAGUUGACGAUUCCUUAGCGUCAUCAGCCUUCUGCAAGGUUAUAUAUAUUUUUUUUAUCAAUGUCAUUUUAGAUUACGUUGGCUAUGAUUAUCACAAGAUAUAACUGGAAAAACCCUGUAUUUUGAAUUCUGGGUUAAUACUAUAAUCUAUAUAUUUUAAAUAUAUUCCAACCCUCCUUAUCUUUUUGUUUGCAAUUUUAUUAGUUUUUUCUGAUCUCAAGAUCUUGUUUUACAAUGUAGUUCAACUUCAAUAACUGGAAAGUAGCUACUAGUAUAUUUCUUCUGCGAAGGAAUCUUUUUGUUUUGCAUUUGAUUUGCUUCUUUUCUAACCAAUCUAAACAUUCUUUUUCAAGUGGCAAUGACUUUUACUUAUAUUUUGUCCAUUUAUUUUUAUAUUUUGCAUCUUCAUAUUCUUUGUCUCGUUGGAAUCAUUGAAUAGUGUUAAGUAAUGCUCCCUUCUUGUUUUGUUUUUUGAUCUGUCAUGAAUAUCUUUUGUCGAGAAAAGUGUUUUUAGGCCUUCACCUUUGAGCAGGUUGGUGUUUCAAAUCAACCCAUUGCCUGCCUUCAUUUAAAAAGCCAUAUAGAAGUGGACCAGCUGAACUCUUGAGCAAGUCUUAUGGUGACUUUGCUUGUCUGAGUUUGAACAAGUAUAUCUGUCUUUCUUUAAAUAGACUACCAUUUAUUAGAAGAUGUAGAGUUCAUCAACUACACAUGAAUUUUAUUCCCAUAUUGACACAUUAAAAAGCUUGACUAAGUGUAUUAAAAAGGUUCACAUAAGCUACCAUUCACCAGAAGAUCAACCAUAAAAUGAUACUUUCAGGAGGAAUGCUUUUGUAGUCCCUCUUUCCUUUUGCCAAGUUUAGAACUGAAAACAAGAGAAGGGAAAAAAUGCAAAUAAUUGAAGCACCCUUGGUCUUUUGUAAAAUUCAUAAGAAUGUUCUCCAAUUUGUGAUAUGGUGCAUAAUUGGGAAUAUGCUUAGACAUCCAUCUGUGCAUGUUUUACUGCUUGAGCACAUCAUUUGUGCUCCAUAUGUGUUUGAAUAACAAAUCAAAUAAUCUAGACGGAGAUUCUAGGAUUUUGGACUUCUUAGCAUUACAACCUUCAUUUUACAUAAGUAGGUUCCGACCACUCGCCCUUUUUAGCUGUGGCCUAUCACUUAACAGGGUUUGGAAUUUGUUGGCUUAAAAUUGUACAUACAUUCACAUGUGGAAUGCAUCUGGAAAGUUGGUUCAGUUUUGAGAGGAAAUGAGGGGACCAUUGACUUUUGUGUUAGUUACAUUUUGAUUAUUCAACUUACGUCUCGGAUAACGUUUUAGCAUCCAUUUCUAGUCCGAACAGUUAGAAGGCCCCUGUCCAAUAGUUCUCUUUCCUCCUUUUAAAAUAUUUGAUUUUUUAACAUUCCAGGUUACAUCAAGCAUUAGGGCUACGGUAGGGUUUUGGUAGAGAUGCUUCAGUAGGCUCCCUCUUGUACCCCCCAAAAAAUUUUGGUGCUUUAGAUUUUAUAGUAGGAUAUUGGUUAAAAAAAGUAAUACAUACCUCCCUCAAACAUACUGUUUAACAUUUAUAUGACCGUAUUUUGGAAGGCAUUUAUUUUUUCUUUUUCUUGUAAUUAUACUGAGAUCUUUUUUGUGUCUUUUUUUUUUAGGUUUCUGAAAAUCCUACCUUUCGCUACUCAUAAGCAUUGCAAUCUGGUCUAUUAAUGAAUGCAUUUUCUAUUCCUGUUUUUUAUCUGAAAACUAGUUCCUCAUUUUCUCAUUUAAGAUAUCAUGCAUGUUUACAAGCACACAUACUUUGGCAUUAGAAUCCUGGCACAACCUUGCUUGGUCUGCCAACGGUGUUAGCUAUUUGUUGAUCAAAAUUGUAUGUCUAGAAGUGUCUUUGUUUUUCUUGUUUGUUUCAUGGGCUCCAUUUCUUUCAGACAGGACAUGAUUGUACAGCGAAAAUAUCAACCAUCAGUAUUAAAACAUAUUAAGUAAUGGUUUUAUGCCGUCUGUGGCUGACUUUAUUCCACCAUUAGCUGUAUAGCUAUGUUCAAGAAAUUCUUGUUAAAUUGGCUUUUUUGAUAUACUAUCUAAACAGUAUAUUGAAAUUUGUCAACAAUAUCUUGAAUGUAGUUUUAAAGAGUGUAUCCAAAUUCGUUAUAUAUUCAUACAUAUGGUAAUAUGAAAUUUAAAAGACCAUCAUAAAAUUUGAGGAUCUUUUGUGACACCAUUUAAAAGUUGGGAUUUUGUCAUCAUAGGCAUGGUACUCAUCAGUUGCUUGUUCUUUCCAUUUCAUGUUCUAAAAGUUACUUAAAAUAAGAACGGUGACCAGACACAUUGAGCUGCAAUAGGCAACUGGUAUUUUCUUCUUUCAGUCUUUUUAUUGUGAAUUUGCAAGGAAUCUCUUUGCCAUCUCUGUUUGAUAUUGAAUUUUCAAUGUGUUAGAGAAACAAAAAUUGCUAAUUUUAUCUCCCUAGCAAAAAAAUGAAAGCAAUGGAAGCAAUUCCUGACAGGUUUUCCUGACUGUUGGCAAUCAAACAGAUCAUUUUGUGAUGACAGAUAGGCUAUAUAAGAAAACGAAGUUAAACAUAAAACCUACUGUCUCUCCGGUUCCCAGAUUAUCUUGGCCCAUUGGUCUCCUGCUUGUUUUUGACAGAAUAGACAAUGAAUGCCCUUGUGGUCACCAGGGUCUUGUGGUCACUGUACACUACCAAUUAUGUCAUUUUGCCCCUGUAAGAGUAUAUAAGUUUUUAAUCCUUCAUUAUUCACUCACGUUAUUAGUUGCUAAUGGAAACCUUACAACCUCUAGCCAUUGAGAGUUUUUCCUAUGGUUGGUUAUCUGACCAUAAACCCUCCUUAGAUGGCCUCAGUGAGUCCCCUGGAGUAUAUUAUGGAGGUACUCCAGAAGAAUUGGAUGAUGAGAUGGUAGAGUCAAAUAGAUUUCUGACAGACCAGAACUUCAACUUUGAUGCUAUUGCUCAAAGUCCUGCAGCUUUUGUUCAUGCUGAUGAGAUUUUCACCAACGGCUACAUCAGACCCAUUUAUAUUGAUCCUUCAAAGAGAGAGUCCUGCAAUACCUUGGAUUCCAUCCAAACAGUGCCCAGUUCAUCGUUUUCUUCAAGAACUGAAAUUCCAACAGUGAGGAUUAAUUGCAGGUUCCUUAGAAGGUGGAGAAAAUCAACAUGGCAAAUCUUGAGAAAUCUUUUUGGACAUCUCAGACCUUCCUACCAUGAGGGAGGGUGCUUGAGAACAAGUACCAGGGUUGAUGAUAUUGACAGGAGAACAUGGAAAGUUAAGAGCUGGAACAGUUCACCACAAGCAUCUCCACAACAGAGUACAGCUUGUUCAAUGGGUGAUUCAUGUCAUCUUGAGAACUCAAUUUAUGAGGCUGUUCUCCACUGCAAAAGAUCGAUAGAAAAAUGAUACGUGCUCAGAUGAGGAAACAAUAACAGUUGAAGAAAGAAGAGUACUUCUAGAAAUACAUGGCGGCUGAUCAAGCUUCAACUUGUUAUUUGUCUCAUUUAUCUGUCUCCCUUCCUGUUAGAUGUUUAUACAUAUCUAUCUUUUAAACAAGAGAGAAGUUUUUAAACUAAUAGACACAGUAUGUCUCCUCAUAUUGUAAGGAUUAAACUAAAUAUCAGAAAGUUUUUGUCUUUGUCAAUCUUGCAAGGACAUGGAUUUCCCAUUCUGAGCUCUUUUCCUUGCCCUCUUCCUAGCUUCUCAGCCCGAAUGUAAAUGAAAACUUUAAGCCAGAGCUUUUAUAAUAUAAUAGACUAUUGUUACAAGGUUUCAUCCGCAGAAUCACUGACUUACAGGAGUCAAUGU